GGAAGGAGCCGGUGACGGAGGUGAGAGGAGGAGGAGGAUUCACCACCUGAAAACACCGACACACCGCACUUAUUUCUGCCUUUGUUCACUCACGGAACGCUUGCAUUGAAAGGGAGACGAAGGAGACGGCCGAAAAAUGUUGAUUCGCCCAAAGCAGUCGCAGGACGGUUGCUAGCCAUCUGUCAGGGCUGACAUGGAACGAGAGGGUUCGUUUCGGAGGAUUUCAAGGAGCCUCCACAGCAAACUGAGGCUGGGCACUGGCUCAUCCUCCAGUCUGACUGACCUCUCGCAGGCAAAAAGCCCAGCAGGAGGUGGGGAGAAGGGAGGAUCGGCUGGGGGGCUGGCAGAGGACUGCAGCAGGGACAAAGGGACCCAGCAGAGGAGGGCCGGAGCCAAUGCCACCUGGAACAGCAUCCACAAUGCAGUUAUCUCGGUUUUCCAGAGGAAGGAUCUGGGAGAAAAUGAACUCUACACUCUGAAUGAAGGUGUCAGGCAGCUGCUGAAGACAGAGCUGGGCUCCUUCUUCACUGAGUACCUUCAGAACCAGCUGCUCACUAAAGGCAUGGUCAUACUGAGAGACAAGAUCCGCUACUACGAAGGUCAGAAGUUGUUGGACUCUCUGGCAGACACGUGGGACUUCUUCUUCUGUGAUGUUCUGUCCAUGCUGCAGGCCAUCUUCUACCCCGUGCAGGGAAAGGAGCCAUCAGUGCGUCAGUUGGCUCUUCUCCACUUCAGAAACAUCAUCACCCUCAACUUAAAACUGGACGAAGCUCUAUCUCGACCCCGAGCCAGAGUUCCUCCUUCCAUCAUACAGAUGCUGCUAAUACUACAGGGCGUCCAUGAAUCUAAAGGCGUAACAGAUGACUACCUUCGUCUGGAGUCUCUCAUCCAGAAGGUGGUCUCUCCCUACCUCGGGACUCAUGGCUUAUAUUCCAGAGACGGAUCCUCCAACCUGCACUGCUCUUCCUGCCUGCUAGAAAAAAGAUUGCAGCGUUCAUUUCCCUCCAAACCAGGCAACUCUCCCACCACCAAGAACCCUGUGGUCCGUUCUAAGAGCUACAACGUUCCCAUGCUGACCCCUGUGGUGGAGUACGACAUAGAUGCGUCCACAGGAGGCGGCACGGGCAUCAGACGACACUCCGUCUCAGAGAUGACCUCUUGCGUGGAGGAGAGCGGCCCGAUGGCCAAAUCCACCAGCAGCGCCACAGAUGACACCAGCAACACCAGCACGUCCAGCCUCGCCAACCACUCCCCAGCCUCCACUGCCUCUGCUGCACUUUCAGACACUGUAACCUCCAGUCAGGACCCCCGACCCAGAGACACUCACAGUCCUGCACCUCCCCAGCAGCCUCACCAGCACUCCCCCUGCAUCCUCCCCGAGCCCUCCCCAGGUGAGGACACACACUGCACGGGUUCGCUGGUGUCCGACUCCCCCUCGUCCUCCAAGGCGCUGGCUCAGGACACGAGCUCUGGUCCCAGUCCGUCGUCCAGUCUGGAGAUGGUGAUGGGACACGCCACGGAGUCUUUGGACUCGGAGCUGGAGCACGACGGCAUCUUUCUGGACUUCUCGCGCCGUUGUUCUGGAGGCUCAACGCACAGCAGGGACAGCAGCAGGCAGAGUGUGGCGUGACGCACACAGACGCACACAUUCAUGUCAGGAACGUCACUCGUAUGAUGCAGGGAGGAUGCUGAGCCGUCACUGACAUUCACACCUGAUGACGUCUUCUGCAGACUCUAGAUCAUCAGGGAUUCUUUCAAACUGAAUUAUUUUUCUACAUAAUGUCGCCUUCUAUCACUAAAACAGGUCUGAUUUCAGUGUAGGCCUCCAGCUGGUGACAGCUGCAAACACAUCAGUCACUUGACUCUUAAACUAGCACUAAUAGAAUUAGUAGACAGAACUAGACAAGGGUGCUUGUCCUUCUCAAAGCUGAUUUUACAGUGUUUUCUUAAUAUUAAACUCUGAGAAAACACAUAAAACAGGAGACAGGAGCUCAAGAUGUUUUCCAGAUAUUUCUCUAGGACCACGGCUGGUAAAAGCUCGGGCUGUCCGAUUCAAACUUUAACUUUUCAUAUGUAAAAGAAAACUAUACAGUGAUGCACUUCAACAUGUUUUAUUAAUUGAUUAUUAAAAUAUGAAUUUGAA